AUGAAGCGAAACGCAGUUGCUCUUGUCCUACUCGCAGGAUUUGGAGGCAAAGCUGAGUGUCGGGAAAAUGCCACCAUGGUUCAAAGUUUUGAACAAAUCAAACCUUCGAAUGAACUCAUCUGGACACCAUGUUUUGACAAUUUUACCUGUUCUCGACUCCAAGUCCCACUUGACUACUCGAACCCCGAUCUUGGCACCACACCCAUUGCUUUCAUGAAGCUCGCUGGGAAGAAUGCGACUUCCGAUUCCCAGAGUCUCUUGAUCAUUCCAGGCGGUCCGGGUGGAUCUAGCAUUGACCUUUUGCAGGAAUACAAAGACCAAGUCGGACAGAUGUUUGGGGAAACCUACAGCUUUGUCGCCCUGGACCCUCGUGGUGUAGAGAGAAGCGGACCAAAGAUUGACUGCUUUCGGAACAACAAGGAAGCACGAACAGCCUUUAACCGAGCUCACUACACUGGCGCCACGAACACAUCCUCCAACUCAUUCGAGGAACAAUACUAUUCAGCAGAAAUCUAUGGUGACUUGUGCAAUGAGGAAGUCAAGACCAAGUCACCGUUUGGCUAUUAUGUCACCACUCCUGCGGUUGCACGAGACAUUCUCACCUUUAUCGAGGCAGACGCAAAACUGGCGGGCCGUGAGCCUUCAGAAGCCAAACUCUGGGGUUUUGGUAACAGCUAUGCCUCUGUUAUUGGUACUACAUUCGCAUCCAUGUUCCCUGAUCGUGUUGAAAGAUUGGUCCUUGAGAGCAUCUUGGAUGUCGAUCAAUACUACGACAACAACUGGCGCAGUAACUUUGUUGACUCGGACAAGGCGUUUGAGCAGUUUCCGAUUCUAUGCCAUGCUGCUGGUGCAGACUUGUGUUCCUUUUGGGGACCGACGCCAGAAAACAUCAUGACUAGAAUAGAUACAAUCAUCCGAAACAUCUCAAGUCACCCCAUUCCGGUCAGUGGAAUCGACAGCAACACUUUACCAGGACUCGCCACAUACUCGGACCUCAAGUCCCUUAUAGCCUACGGCCUCUAUGAGCCGCGUACCUAUUUCCCCAUAUUCGCUGACACCUUUGCUGAGCUGGAGAAUGGCAACGCGUCGUCACUAAUUGGAUGGUCGGAGAAGCUGUUCCUGACAAUUGAUGUGGAUGUCGUCAUCCGAUGUGCGGAUUCAUACAGGAACAACAAGCUUGUCACCAUUGAGGAGUGGAAAGACUACAUUGAAGAGUCCAUAUCCAGUAUGCCCACAAAAUGGCUUCUCGAUUUCCGGGAUCAGUGGUACUUUUACAAGAAUCCGUUGGCCAUCCUGUUACACGAGAGGGAGGAUCUCCUUGUUAUUACGAACACAUCCAGGGAUAUCUCCAAGGUGUAA